CUUCGUCCAGAGCGAGAUGAGGUCAAAUAUCUUUCUUGUCACGCGGCGUUUGCCCUUCCUGGCACCACGGCCCUUUUCGUCGCUCCGCGUGCGAUUCGAGGCUGCGGUGGUGCCGAAAGUGAGAGCCACAGCAGCCCUCCUCUGCCCCGCAGACCACCAAUGGCACAAGAGCAGCAGCAGGCAGAGGAGCAGCGAUGAGGACUCGAGUCGGCAGGUGCUGAUGACGGCGUUGGCCAUGACGGGUGUGUUCUACGUGGGUAUGGAGGAGACGAGGAAGCGCCGGCGGCAGGCAGCCCACUGCAUCAUGGCCACGCCGCACCGUGAGAUCACCAUGCACAGCAAGGACGAACCCAAGCUCAAACACACCGACACCGCCUGGAAGCUCUUCAUGGUGAGGGUCACAUGGCAGCCAGAGAGGGAGGGAGGGAGGGAGGGAGGGAGGCUCACAUCCGCGCAGCAGAGGUCUGUGUGGACACACGUGUGUGCGUGUGUGUGUGCAGCGUCAGAGCUGGUUCAACUGGAUCUGCGGUGUGUUCUGGCUGACGUGGAGCACCAUCGUGUGCGUGACGUGUGUCGGCAUUAUCCUCUUCCAGCUGUGGCACUUCGACUCCAACAGAGCACUCUGAGGCCACACAUAGACAGACAGACAGACAGAUCCGAUGAUGCAACGCGGCA